GUAAAAUCUUCCGGUUAAAUCCCGGAGAUGAUAUCAAAUCCAUAUGUUAGAAAUUGGUGUAAUGGUGAAGUGAAAUUUUAAGAAUGCUCAAGAAGACAUCAUCCUUCUUGAAUAGACGUGCUAUUGAACAACAUUUUCUUUCUUCCAUCCGGAGUAUCCCCGCAUGUAUUUACCGUCAACUGCAAACUUUGUCCUCCUCCCCGCCAAAUGUGACAAUUCUCGAAGCUCUAUGCACAGAUGGUAACCUAACAGAAGCCUUGUUUGAGAUGGGCAAGCGAGGAAUAGAAAUGGUUUUCAAGGAUUAUAAUAUCCUGCUUAACGAAUGUAUAAAUCAAAGGGCAAUUAGAGAAGGCCAGAGGCUUCACUCCCACAUAAUCAAGACCCUUUACCGCCCUCCCGUUUUUCUUAGGACAAGGUUAAUCGUUUUCUAUGUGAAGUGCGAGAUGCUGGGUGACGCUAAAAGGGUGUUUGAUGAAAUGCCUGAGAGGAAUGUUGUGGCUUGGACUGCAAUGAUAUCUGCAUAUGCCCAGAGAGGGUACUUUUUGGAAGCUCUUAAUCUUUUUGUUCAGAUGUUGAGAUCAGGAACCCAGCCAAACGAGUUUACAUUCGCAACAGUGCUCACAUCUUGUGUUGGAACCUCUGGACUCAACUUCGGACAACAAAUCCACGGGUUAUUGAUCCAGAGUGCAUUUGAGUCCCAUCUCUAUGUUGGAAGUUCACUUCUUGACAUGUACGCCAAAUCUGGUAGUAUACCUGAAGCUCGUCUUGUGUUUGAAUGUCUACCGGAAAGGGACAUUGUUUCAUGCGCUGCCAUAAUUUCAGGAUGUGUCCAACAGGGCCACUUUGAGGAUGCUAUUGAGAUAUUCCGUAGAUUACAGAGAGAAGGAAUGACGUCAAACUAUGUUACUUAUACAAGCCUCGUAAACGCAUCAUCUGGACUUGCUGCAGUGGAACAUGGCAGACAAGUUCAUGGCUAUGUCAUUAGAAAUGAAUUGCUCUCUCAUGUAAUUCUUCAAAAUUCUUUAAUUGAUAUGUACUCCAAGUGUGGAAACCUCACCUACUCGAGGAGCAUAUUUGACAGAAUGUCUGAAAGAACCGUGAGCAGUUGGAAUGCCAUGCUUGUUGGUUACAGUAAGCACGGAAUGGGAAGGGAGACAGUUGACCUUUUCGAAAAAAUGAGGAACGAAAACGUAACUAAACCGGACAGCGUCACGUUUCUGGCAGUAUUGACGGGUUGCAGUCACGGUGGAAUGGAGGAGAAAGGUCUUGAGAUCUUCAACGAGAUGGUCAACGGGGAAAAUGAGGGUGAUGUUUGGAUGGAGCACUAUGGAUGCAUUGUGGAUAUGCUGGGACGGUCGGGUCGGGUAGAACAGGCUUAUAAAUUUGUUCAGGAGAUGCCUUUCAAACCAAACGCUUCGAUUUUGGGCUCUCUUUUGGGCGCAUGUAGGUUUCACGUGAAACCCGAAAUUGGCGAGAUCAUAGGAAACCGACUCAUGGAAAUAGAGCCAGAAUGUGGCGGGAACUAUGUUAUCCUCUCCAACAUAUAUGCAUCCGCGGGAAGGUGGGGAGAUGCAAAGAGGGUGAGGAAGAUGAUGCGAGAGAAGUUGGUGAUGAAGGAGCCAGGAGUGAGCUGGGUUGAGUGAAAAUGUGUUAAGCCGUGGUUGCGGAAGCAGGCUUUAUUUGUGGCUUUAUUGGACAUUCAGAUAAUUUUUGUCCCUUAAAUUAUGAGGAAGACUUAGUUUUAGAAAAAAGGUUUGGAAUCCAUCUUAGAGCAGGAAGCGGGGUGAAGACCAGCCCAACAGGAGGUAAUAAAUGGCUCUUGGAGGGUUCAUCGAGCUCUGGCAGAACAGGGGGAUAUACAGGAGCAUUCAAAUCAGAAGGAAAAAUUGUUGAGAAGGAGAAAGAGUCAACGAUUGAAUCAGCCCUAAGUUUUACACAAGGAGGGGAGGAGCCAAAAGAAGAGGUCUCUAAGAGAAGGAAGAUUUGGGAGACUCAGACAGAGGAGCAAGAGGAGGACACUAUGGCUUUGGAUGGGACAAAAAACGGGGAGGAGGCGGGCUUUGCUCUUUAAGCCCGUCGAAGCCGCUGACAGAGGAGUGGAGGUCGCAUGUCGAGGGAUUGUUCGAGUUUUCUGGUUGCGACGGAAGUGUUUUUUCUUUUGUUUUAUUUGCUGUUUCAGUAAUUGUUAUUUCUGUUUUGGUGUUUGUUUUUUCUUUUAUGUUCCUAUUUGUAAGACGUUGAUUUUGGAUGUGGGGGCCGGGGGGUGAGAGGACUAUGGUGACCGUUUUCGGCUUUAGAUUUUCCAUUUAUGGAUCUGCGAAUUAUAUUGCUUCUUUGGAGGUGAUUAAUUCCGAGUCUAGUUCGCGGGAUAACGGUUGUCAGAUUUCUUUUUGUCAUUUGACCCAUACUCUGAAUUAUCUGUUAUCGAUCUGAGUUGAAUUCUUCCAAAAAAAAGCUAAUAACACAUU